ACAUCUCCUGUCAAUAUGUCCUACACCUGCUGUUCUAGAAACUUCUCCUCCCGCUCCCUCGGGGACCACCUGCGCUACUCAGGCGCCUCCUGUGGCUCCUCCUUCCCCAGCAACCUGGUCUACAGCGCUGACCUCUGCCCUCGCAGCUCCUGCCAGCUGGGCUCCUCUCUCUACAGCCAGGAGACCUGCUGUGAGCCCAUCAGGACCCAGACGUUCCGUGUGGUGUCCCGUCCCUGCCAGACGUCCUGCUGCCGCCCGAGGACCCCCAUGUUCUCCAGUCCCUGCCAGACGACUCUCCCUGGGUCUCUGGGCUUCAGGUCCAGCAGCUGCAGCUCCCUGAGCUCUGGAUCCAGAAGCUGCUACUCAGUGGGCUGUGGACCCCGCGGCUUCAGACGCCUGGGCUAUGGCAUCUGUGGCUUCCCUUCCCUGGGCUGUGGAUCCAGAUUCUGGCACCCAAUUAAUUUUCCCUGCAGAAGUUUCCAUUCAUCUUGCUACUGACCAACCUGUAGAUCUGGCUUCUUCUGAUUAACUUGUAGAAGAGCCAAAUUCAUUUAGAAAUUUAGAUUCUGUACCCUGAUUAUCUGUUAUCUUAAUCUGCUCCAUUGAAGAGUAUUCUAAUAUUUCCUGAUCACUGGCAAUUCUUGACCUCUCUAACCCUCAGACUGGAGGUGA